ACUCUGUUGCGCCUCGACAAGGUUGGACGAAACGAAAGGUUGAAAGAAAAUGGAACAAAAAAGCCAAUAUCAACGAACGGCGUCACAAAUCAUUGUUGGUUACUCACCACUGCCACAGCCAGAUCAGGAGAAAAUGUCAAAACGUUAUCUACUUUAUCACAAUCCAGAUAGUUGCUGCAUUCGUGAUACACGCAAUCAGCCCCAGGCAAAUGCUUUGGGAGCUGCUGCUUUGAUCUUCCUUUCGGGUGGCAUGAACUUAGCCUGGAGCAUUGGAUUUUAUAGUCAAACCGAUGAGUUAACCCCUUCCAUGCAUCUUCGCAGCUCCUGGUUCAUCGGAGCUAUCAUCGGUGCUUCACUUGGAGUUCUUGUACACAAGCACCUCACCUACAAAUUACUUACACAACUCAGCUGCCUGCUCGUUUUAAUCGGUGGUGUUCUUUUUGCUGUCGGACAGAGUGGAGGGGAGGCUGCUGUGUUGGCAGCACGUUAUCUGAAUGGCCUGGCGAACGGACUCGUGCUGCCAUCCACUCUGGUAAUGGCUGGGGAGUUGACAGUGUGUUACAAGCGGGGAAAUAUCGCCUCAUCCAUCGAACAAAUGUCCAGUACUUUGGGCAUAUUUAUGCAGAUCGUUGUCAGCGCCAGUUGGGAUAUGGAUUAUGAUUUGACCGUGGACCAGCUGCAGGGUGUGUUGUGUGCCCUUUAUGGCUUCAUUGCAUUCUGCCUGGCUACCCGAUUCAGCGUAGAGUCACCAGUGCGUCUUCUGGCCCACGGCGAGGAGGAACUGGCCAUCGAUGCGCUGAUUCGCCUGCAAAAUCCCAGAGCUGUCACGAAAGAAACCAACGAGCAGCUGACGGAGCACAGUUCCUAUAUCGCACAUAACAAAUCGUUAAGCCUAACGGGAGCCUGGUGUCAAGCCCUGCCAGCUUUAUUGCGUCUCUGCCUGCUUCGCGCCCUCUAUGCAAUGAGCACGAGCAUCUUGGUCAUCUAUACGCUAACAUUUACCAGCACCAGCGUCUAUGGUAGCUCCAGUGGCCCCUAUAUACUCUUUGGACUACUACGUGUAGCCGGCAGCUUCAGUGGCGCAUUUGUUCAGGAUACGCUGGGCCGCAAGCUGACCCAGUUAAUAGGCUUCAUGGUCUGUAGUGGUGCGGCCCUUGGUCUGGCUAGCAGAUUUUCGGCAGAGGAUUUUGUGAGACUAUCAGACUUGAGGAUGGCAUUAUGGCUGCUGCUUAUCUUUCAAUUCUUUGCGGGACUUGGCUUUGCACCCAGCUCUGUCUAUCUCACGGAGGCCUUUCCACUGUCUAUAAAGCGUAUUUGCAUUGCAAUCGUGUACAUCAUGGAGUUGAGCGUACAUUUGGCUAUUUGCGAAGUGGAUCUCAGCGUACAUGUUGAUGGCAUCUAUUUCUCUGGCCUUGGCAUAUUUAUGUUGCUGGGCUUCAUGUUCAGCCAUUGGUAUCUGCCAGAGACCAAGUUUUUGACGCUACGCCAGGCACAAGAAAAGUUUCGGGAUUUCUCAUGAUCAACGAGGACUAUCAUUUAAUACUAGCUUAUUUAGUCAUAUACAUAUAUACACUAGCCAUAUAAACAAAUAUUUUUGUACAUUCUUUUAUAUAUUAAACGACUGAUAGCUCGCAAGAUCAGCGAGCUUUUAGAAUAUCGGCGAAAAGCAAUCUAUGCACACAGUAAUAUUUUAAAGUAAAAUAUUUGUAUAUCGAACUUUAAAUCAAUAAAAUUCACAUUAUACUGUGUUAAAUUAAUUUUAAAU